GCUCCUGACACAAAUGAUGAGGAACUUGGGUCUUUUUUGCAUUUCAAAGCCCUGCCUGCAGGUGACCGGGUUACUGGUGAAGAGGUUGCAGUGGUGGCUUUAAAGGCAUUUGCUCCCACUUCAGCUGGGAUUUCUCCACAAAAAUCUUCUGAGAAAACUCUUGAAGAGGAGGUGAAAGGAGAAAUGGCCAAUUCUCAGGGAUUGCUGACAUUCAGGGAUGUGGCCAUAGAAUUUUCUCAGGAAGAGUUGCGGUGCCUGAACCACAGUCAGUGGGAACUGUACAGGGAUGUGAUGUUAGAGAACUACGGACACCUCCUUUUCUUGGGUCUUGUUGUGUCAAAGCCAGACCUGGUCAUCUUUUUGGAACACAAGAAGGAUGUCCGGACCGUGGAGAGAAAGGAGACAUGUGUCAGGGUAGUGGUGGGCAUCUUGGGGUUAGGUGCAGAAAUCCCAAGAACGCUACUGGGAGACAUCACAAGUUAUCGGGUUGAUCCUUUCCAGGAUUAA